CGGACCCAGGACGCAUGCGCAGAAGCGCAGUGCCCAAAUGAUUCUGCAAGGCACUGACUUCUUAUGUGAACGGGAGCCAGAAAAACCAGAGAGCUCCAAACUAAGCUUCUGCACGGACAGAGCACGGGAGAAAAUGGAACUACAACUGGAGGUGCUCCCGAGUUCAACCACUACAGAAGAUAACACUUUGAGGCGAUCCAGCAGCGCCCCUUUGAUCAGUGGCCUUGGUGAUAGUUCACAAGUGUUACGAUCUGAUUCAAUAACAACUCGAAGAAACAGUGCAACAUGUAUGACACAACACAGUCUGAAGAACAACGAGGUACAGAAACCAUCUUCUGCAAACUGCACUGAUUUAAUUCCAGCAUCUGCAGCAGCUUCUCUCACCGAGGUGACUGGCAAGCAAUGUUUUUCUCCAUCACUACAAACUUGUGUGAGAUGCACCGGCUUGCCUCCAAGUCCUAUUCCUAGUCCUAUAAACAACAGUAGUGCAGGAUCAUCUCACAAUUCACCAGCGAAAAUCAGCACUGUCACAAACUCUCCUGUGUUGCCUUCUGAUUCUAGUUCUCCAUUUAUUGUAAUUGAUGAACUUUCAACUAAAUGA